UCUGCUCGCUUCAGAUCUAGCGAGUGGGGCAGUGCAGGCGGGUCCUGGCAGUGCCGUGUUGUCGUGUGAGAGGCCCAGUGUUGUAGGCCUAAGAUAAUUCGUCUUCUCUUCUUAUUCGAUCGCCAACCUUCAUUCAGUAACCAUGUCGGUUAUGACCAUUAAAUUAUCACGGGCUAACGGUUGCCCGUGGGGCUUCAGGCUACAGGGAGGCAAGGAUUUUGCUACACCUCUCUGUAUCCAAAAGGUGAACGCCGGCUCGGUGGCUGCAAACGCGGGGCUGCAGGCUGGCGACGCCAUCGUGAGCAUCGGAGGAAAAGAUGCCCUCUCACUCAGACACAAGGAGGCACAGGAAGCCAUAGUCAAGGCUGGAAACACCUUCGACCUCGUUGUACAGAGGGGUGUCAACACUUGGAAGCCACAAGUAACUCCUCUGGCCGAAGUUAAGACGACUCCCGAGGGCGUCCCUGUUGCAACGGCGACCUCUCUUGCUGCCAACAAGCAGCCCGUCCGCCACAUCGGGUCCAACCACAACACAGUGGCGCGCCCCUUCCCUGGAUUCACGGGGUCCCAGCCCGCCUAUGCCAAGGGCGUGGUCACACUCAACCAGCUCAAGCAAAGCACCACAGACGCCCCGAGCCUCAAUGGUGGCGGCGUCGGCGGCAGCACCACGGCCUCUUCCUCCCGCUCCUCUUCCAGACACGCCUCCGGGAGCACCAGCCCCACUGGCGGCAGCCUCGCCGUCCCGGGCACGAGCAUCUCCCUCAAUAAGGAGAACGCCAAAAAUUUCCUCAGGAUGACGUUGGACAAAGAGAACGUGAACUCGAUGAACGUGAACUCGGCCAGCUCGCAGAAGGCGCAGAAGUCCAACAGCAACGACAACCUAUUCUCGAGCCAGUUCCUGAACAACAACGGGGCGGUGGGCGGCAGCGUCGGCCAGCCCCGCAAGUACUCGCUGGCCAGUAACGCCUCGAGCUGCAGUAGCUCAGACACCGACCACGACGCCCUCACGCGGAGGAACAAUGAAGUCAACGGGCAGCAGAUUGUCAACGCUCAGUACAACAGCCCUCUUAACCUGUACAGCGAGGACAACAUCGCCGAGACUCUUUCCGCCCAAGCUGAAGUCCUCGGCAAGGGAUGUCUUGGAGUCAACUUCAUGAAGAACGAAAAGCAAUACGACGGCAAGACCUCGGACGUGCUGCGGAUGGUGCAGGAGAUGGACAAGAAUCCUGCCCCGGAAACAGAAGGUGAGGUAGCGAACCUCGCGUCCCCGGACAAGAAUGUAGUCCAAGGUUAUUCCUUCAAGCUCCUUCAGCAGUCCCUCCAAGGCGACCCGGAACUAGAGGAGGAUCCCUCGCACCUGCAACCGGCACCUCGCCCCUCCUCCGCCCCCUCCUCCCAGGGCAAGCCCAAGACGGAGCUGCGACCCGGAGAAAAUAUUUGUUCAGAGUGUGGUAGACUCAUCGUCGGUGUGUUCGUGCGAAUAAAGAAUAAGAAUCUCCACGCUGACUGCUUCAGGUGUUCGACCUGUGGCUCCUCGCUCAAGAAUGUUGGCUACUACAACAUCAAUGACAAGUUAUACUGCGAUGUCCACGCCAAACAAGCCGCUCGCCACAACCCGCCUGCACCCAACAUGGAACCUGUUGUGGUCAAGCCCGGUGCCGCCCCGCCCGCUGGUGCAGUGACCGCUACUCAGGCCAAGGUUGCCCCCGCCCCUGCCCCUGCCCCCGCCCCUGCCCCUGCUCCCUUCAAGCCUCCUGCGGGCGGCGUUCGGAUCCUGCCGCUCAACACAAUGGGGUCUCCAUCUAUGCCUUCACCCACACCCAUCCCUAACUUCGCCCCCGUUUCCCCAUUCAAGCCCGUGGCCCCAGAGCCAGAACUCGAACCCGUAGCCCCGGUUCAAGAACCUCCAGUACCUCCCCCCGAGCCAGCUCAAGAACCGGAACCACAGCCAGAGCCUGCAGCCGAGCCUGAGCCAGCAGCCCCUGUUUCUGAGCCCGUCGUGGAAUCUGCCCCCGCCCCCGCGCCCGUCGAGGCCGAACCCGAACCCGCACCCGCACCCGCGCCUGAGGCUGAGACCGAGCAAGAACCUGCUCCCGCCGCAGAGGAAGAAGCGCACAUUGUAGACGAAGCUCCCGCUGAACCGGAGACUGAACCGGAAGCUGAACCGGUAGCCGAGGAAGCCGAACCGGUAGCCGAGGAAGCCGAACCGGUACCCGAGGCUAUAGUAGAGCCAGAACCCGAAUCUGAGACGGCCGCUGAGCCGGAAGCAAAGGCUAGUUCAGAGCCAGAACCCGUUGUAGAACCGGAGCCAGAACCUGAAGCGGCAGAAACCGCGGUUGAGCCCGAACCUAUCGUAGAACCGGAGCCCGAACCCGAGGCAGAAGAGCCCGCAGUAGAACCGGAGGCCGUCGCCGAAGAGGCCGCCCCCCCCGCGCCCGAGCGCGUCUCUCCCGUGAUCGAGCCGGCGCCGGCCCCUGCUCCUGCCCCUGCUCCUGCCCCUGCCCCUGUUCAGGCCCCAGCAGCGCCCAUGGCGGCCCCUCCACCAUCCUUCCAGCCCGUCAAGGCCCCGGCGGCUCCCGCUCCGCAGAAGCCCUUCGGUGCUCCUGCAGGAAGCGUGGAUGUGCGCUCGCACAUUCCCAAGAAAGGCCCCGCCCCCGCCCCGGCCCCGGCCCCCGCGAUGGGUGGCAUGCCCAAGCCCACGCCCGUGCCAGGCAUGGGCGGACCGACCAAGGGCGUGCCCCAGACCAGCGGCCAGAAGAGCGCCCCCCGCCGAGGCCGCGGCGUGAUGAACCAGGCCGCCAGCACCAGGAUCCCCGUCUGCUCCGACUGCAUGCGCCAGAUCAGGGGGCCCUUCGUGUCCGCCCUGGGUAAGACCUGGUGCCCCGACCACUUCGUCUGCUCCACCGACACCUGCCGUAAGCCCCUCAUCGACAUGGGCUUCGUCGAGGAACAAGGCUCACUCUACUGCGAAAACUGCUACGAGCAAUACUUCGCUCCGAUCUGCGGCAAGUGCGACAAGAGGGUGAAGGGUGACUGCCUGAACGCAGUCGGCAAGCAGUUCCAUCCUGAGUGCUUCUGCUGCGCCUACUGCGGAAAGGUGUUCGGUUCUGGCGCCUUCUAUCUCGAGGACGGCCUGCCCUACUGCGAGGCCGAUUGGAACGACCUAUUCACGACGAAGUGCGUGGGUUGUGGGUUCCCGAUUGAAGCAGGUGAUCGAUGGGUUGAAGCUCUCAACAACAACUACCACAGCCAGUGCUUCAAGUGCUCUGUGUGCAAGUCCAACCUUGAGGGCAAGAGCUUCUAUGCCAAGAACGGCCGGCCUUUCUGCAAGUCCCACGCAGGCCGUUAGAUAUAUAUAUAUAAAAAAAACAAAAUAUAUAUGUAUAAAGCUCCGGUUCGAAACCACCUCGUCUCACUUGGUGCUUGUGUGUUCCUUCUUCCUGGACCUUAUUCCUGAAUCGACCUUUUCGUGCUCAUUGGCUAUGUUUUUAUUAUUGUUCUUGUAUUGAAUGCCCUUCUCUCUGGAUUAGGUCAUGUAUUUAUUUAUUCAUUCACGCAUUCUUCUCUUUUAUUAUUCAUAUGUAUCUCUCUCUCUGUUGACAUAGGGAGGCUCCUUUUUUUCAUAUUGUGUAUUUAUAUGUGCAUGGGUGUAUAUCCAUCGCGAGCUGGGUCAGUGGCUGGUGUCGCCCGCGUGGUAGAUGCAGUUGACUGGCCGCUAUGAAAGGGUUAAAGGUAGAUUCCGGAAUCUGGCCAAUUUUCUUAGAGAGCUUCUAGAAAGAAUUUCCCGACUAGAUUUUUAUUUCGUUGGUUCUGAUGAACGAACUGUUUUAUUAUUUUUUGUGUUUAAAGUUAGUGGACAAUAACUUUUGUAGAGUACGUGUCUCUUCCUCUUUUAGUUGAGUUAAUAGUCUCCAAGAAGUGAUCGUUUUCUCACAACUAGCUAAUUAGCUAAUCAAAUAGUCUUAAUCCUAGCUUGUGAGACAAUCAGAUACACUAGCAUUACCAAGAUAAUGGUCAUGGCUGCAGAUACUCUGACACCACAGAGAUAAGAGAAAAAAAAACAUAAAAAUAAGAUAAAAACAAAAAAUAACAAAAAAACAAAAACAAAAGAAGCCUUGCACCUUAUUUGCUCUUUUGUGGGUGUGACUCAUGCACUAAACUUUAUUUUUAUUUCAUAUUUAUUUAUUUUUUACCCUCACCACUCUUGGUCUGUCUCACCGGUACAGGAGGUGGCUGGAGGCCUCUUUGGCAACACUCACAUCUCUAAACAAAAUAAUUUUUUUUUGCUCCAGCACACUACUCUUUUUUAUCUCUGCCUCACACUCUCACUCACUCUCCUCACGCUCAUUUCACAAGCCCUUCCAGUGAAAGAUAAAGAUAAAACAUGUAUAGAAGCUCAGUAGGUGCAGCACACUAUUAACCAGGGAUUCUCAGUCCUUCGUAGUUUGCUUAACCGGAGUAGUAACUAGCCUCUAACCUGCAGAAAUGCCACAAGAACCUGGAGGGCCAGAGUUUCUUCGCCAAAGGUGGAAAGCCUUUCUGCAAGGCCCAUGCCCAACGUGGCUUCUAAGGCGGCCCAAACAGCACGCAGGUCCCUCCUGUGUCCCCCUGAGGAGACAGGGCGAGGGCCUGUCGUCCUCUCACCAGCAACAGAAACGAGGAUGGAAAAGAGAGAAAAAGAAAGAGUCUCAAGCAGCGGCAGUGAGCGUUGUGACCCUCGUGAGUGCCAUCGGCAUCACUAUCACCAACGACGAAAAGAAGCACCAGUCUGCAGCACCAGGAGGAGGAGAAGGAGGAGGAGGAGGAGGACGAGGACGAGAGCCGCCUCAAGCGAACGUCGACACUCCCUGCCUACUGUCUCCUUGUUACGCUCUGUUUGUUUACAUUAACUGUGCUACUCACAUUGGCUAAUUGUUGGUGCAAGAUUACAGUGCAGGUUUGCAAUCGUUCUGUUGCAAUUAUUUAUUGUCCAAAACUUAUGUAAAGAAAGGCAAUUAGUCAGCCUUUUGACUCUUGUGUGUAAAGAUAAUGGUGCUUGCAAUCACCAGUGAUAAGAAAGUCAGUGCCUUGAUUUUAUCACAUUAAUCUAUAUAGAAUAAGAAUAUAUAAGCUUUACUGCUUAGUUUAAGGUACACUCAGCCUAUGCAAACACACAACCACAAAAGGAUUGAUAUUCUUUGUAUUAUUAUUACUUCCAACGAUUCUUCCUUUGCUUCAGCUGUUUUCAGAUCACUGCUGUUUACUGUACUAUAGAGAGAGGUAUAUGAAUUGUAGAGAACAGAAUAUUGUUACUCAUAUGCUAUUAUUGUAUAUAUGAAUUUCACGAAACAAAACCUGUCUGACUAGACACACUAAGGACACCAUGUCAACCAAUCUAGCGAUACGAUUUUAACUCGGCUAUGCUUGCUUAAUCUUCCUGAACGCUGUGUGUUCUUCUGUCCCAACUUCUCGUGUCAUCUUUUUUUUUUUUUUUUUUUGGCUGUUCACACGCACCAUUGUCAGUCUUCCUGAAGUCACGAACUCCAAAUCUCACUCGGACGCCAGAGCUUGCUUAAGGGCCACCCUGGAAAGGACGACUUGUGACCCUGUAGCAAACCGAGCCAACGACAAAAUGACACCUCUGUAGAUUUUGUGUUUUUUUCUGUUCAAGAAGGCUGCACAUCGAAAACAAAACAAAACAAAAAAAAAAUCUUCCAAAAAAUAAUAAUAUUGUCUAAUAUUUGGCGUAAAUUCUGUUGCGUGUUUCUUGAUCUUCCAAUUAUGUCUGACCCCUUCUUUCCCAGGGGGAUUAUAAAAAAAUAGACAUAUUGUA